UUAUGAUUCCCGCAUGGGAAUCAGACUAAAUGUAUCCGCAAGUAUGACUUGCGGAUACAUUUAGCUAUAUAAGCAGCCCGGGUGUGCAUUUUCAGCACACCCGGAUGCCACACCCAUCUUAUUUAUUUUUUUUUUUUAAAAACCUUUUUAAUUUUUUGAUUUAAAUUUACAAUUCUAUAAUUUACAAAUAUCGGAGCUAGGAAUUAACAACGUAUCGGAGCUAGGCGUUAACGACGGACAGCGUAUCGGAGCUAGGCGUUAAUAACGGAUAGUGUAUUAUUGCUUGUGGACUACAAGAGCAAUGGCUGCCCCCGGUGGUCACUACCAGCCUGAGUACUUUCAGCCUGGACCUUUAAAUGACGAACUUCUGACUCAACAAUACAAUCACAUAUCGUCUUACACUUGGGAUCACCCUGAGGACGUAAGUGUCCUAGGUUCGCGGACAAGUCACGGGUUGCCCUCCUUUGGUUCGAUAGAUUCACGCAUCCAGGAAGGAGUCCGCCGGACAGGGCUCUCUGGUUUCAUCAGGAUGCGACAAUAUCGGCUCGACAUGUCCAUUAUCACAGCAUUAGUGGAGAGGUGGAGGCCUGAGACGCAUACAUUCAUGUUUCCAGAUGGGGAGUGCACGAUCACUUUGCAGGAUAUUGCAAUCCUUACUGGACUCCCCAUUGAUGGGACGGCUGUGACUGGAGACAGGGUGGACGACUGGCAGGAUAGGGGUGUUGCCCUGUUAGGGAGACCGUUAGAGCUUUCUCAGUCAGAGGGUACAUCUUGGGUUGGGUCCAGGUGGCUGUAUAGUGAGUUCCGCGAGUUUACUAGUUUACCGGCCUAUGCUACACCUGAACAUGUUGAAUGGGCGGUUAGGGCGUACCUAUGGGCUGCUCUACAGACUUUGUGCUUCCCAGACCUGAACAGUGGUCAUUUGGGUUUGAGAAUUUUACCCCUUUUAGCAAAUUUACAUGAUUUACGGACUAUCAGCUGGGGAUCUGCAGUUUUGGCCCAUUUAUACCACGAGAUGUGCAUUACCACACGGAUGCACAAACGCCGACGUAACAUAGGAGGUCCUCUGUGGAUUGUACAGCUAUGGGCGUUCGAGCGACUGAGGCCACUUCGACCCCAACUGCUGACCCCAAUAAUAGCAGAGGAUCUACCUUUGGGUGACAGGUGGGGCGGGCGUAGGGAUCGUCGGGCAGUCCCGAGGCACAGCAUCCAUGCCGUGAGAUUAAUUUUGGAUGGCCUGCGAUACGAGGAUAUCCACUGGCAGCCAUAUUCUGACGAUAUUCUCAGCUCGAUCCCUCGAGAGUACCUCGAUGGGGCACAUCUCUGGCGUGCGCGAGUCCCACUCAUUUACUAUAACAUUGUGGAGUGGCACCAGCCAGACAGGGUGCUUCAGCAGUUCGGCCUAGUUCAGCCUAUUCCGUUGCCCCCCUUGCAGACUGAGGAGCUUCACAACGUCCGCUACCGGGGUUCCUCGAGCUUCACAUAUGAGAUGGACUACUGGGUGCAACUUUGGAACAAUAGAAACGCGUUUGUAGUUCAGGGCCGGCAGCUUCAGCACCCACCCCAUUACCAUUCCCAGUACAUGGACUGGUAUAGGCGUCGAUGCCGGAGAUGGAUUACACUUCAGGGUGCAGAGGCUGGCACUAGUCGCGAUUUGCAGGAGAGAACCCAUGUUACGGGGGAGGCCAGUUCGAGUGCCGCUCGCAGGAUUAGGUUUGGUGCACGAAGUUCUCAGCUUGCUACCAUGGAGGAUCGCAGGGACGUCACACUUCCCCCUCCUGAGCCAGCCGACCAACCAUACCAGCUGCCUCCGCUCCCUCCCUGUCAGGUCGAUUUAAGCUCUAUUAGAGGACGGCGUCGACAGCCACGCAGAAUGCCUCCACAGCCCCGUCCAGAGCAUGUGUACCCUAUCCCAGAGCCAUUAUUUUUUCACACGGAGGUGGCGGGUACCUCAGACAUACCGCAGCCGGACUACUGGGAAAGACAACAUUACGGGUCAACCUCCGGGGCGACACCCCAAGCAUCAUAUCCACAGUUUCAGGUCCCGCCUGCGUCGAUGCCGUAUGUUGACUCAUUUUUUGGAGAUACGACCUUUACGACCACUCAGGAUCGACCAGGGCCAUCUGAGUCACAGGUUUGAGUUACUUUAUUAUUAUUGUAGUUAAUUUAUAAUUUACAUUUUUAGUUUACAAUUUAAUAAGUUACGUUGU